AUGGCGGAGGAUCCUGAUGCGCCGAGCAACAAUAAGGCCUUUGUGCCUCUGGAAAAUAACCCCGAAGUAAUGUCCCACCUCGUCCACCAACUCGGUCUCCCUCCCACCCUCGGCUUCACGGACGUCUACUCGAUCGACGAACCCGACCUGCUCGCCUUCGUGCCCCGACCGUCCCACGCGCUUCUGCUCGUUUUCCCCGUGUCAAAGGCCUACGAAGAGGCUCGCAUCGCAGAGGACAGCGCCAUCCCCGAGUACACGGGCUCCGGCCCCGACGAGCCGGUCAUGUGGUUCAAGCAGACGAUCCGGAACGCGUGCGGGCUGAUCGGCCUCCUGCACGCCGUCAGCAACGGCGAGCCUCGCAAGCACAUCCUUCCGGGAUCUGACCUGGAUAAGCUCCUCCGGGACGCGGAGCCGCUCGACCCCGUCGCGCGGGCCGACCUGUUGUACGAGAGCAAGGCGCUGGAGAGCGCGCACGCCGACGCCGCCAAGCGCGGGGACACGGCCGCGCCGCAGGCGGAGGACAACGUCGAUCUGCAUUUCGUCGCGUUCGUCAAGGGCGCGGAUGGGAGGCUCUGGGAGCUGGAUGGGCGACGGAAGGGCCCGCUCGAGCGAGGCCGGCUGGCCGACGACGAGGAUGUCCUCAGCGAGAAGGCUCUCGAGCUCGGGCCGAGGAGGUUUCUGCGGAAGGAGGCUGAAGCGGGGGAGGGUGAUCUCAGGUUCAGUCUUGUGAGCUUGGGGCCGGUGUUCGAAUAA